GCUGACCGCGCCGCCGCGGCUCGCCGAGGAUAUGAUGGAGCUCCUAGAGGAAGAUCUCACCUGUCCCAUUUGCUGUAGCCUGUUUGAUGAUCCUCGUGUCCUGCCCUGUUCACACAAUUUCUGCAGAAAGUGUCUGGAAGGAAUUCUUGAGGGAAACGUGCGGAAUGUGCUUUGGAGGCCAUCCCCAUUCAAGUGCCCCACGUGCAGGAAGGAAACUCCUGUUACUGGAGUCAACAGCUUGCAAGUCAACUAUUCUCUGAAAGGUAUUGUGGAGAAGUAUAACAAAAUCAAAGUAACUCCGAAAAUGCCUGUGUGCAAAGUGCACAGCGGGCAACCCCUUAAUAUUUUUUGCCGGACAGACAUGCAGUUGAUCUGUGGGGUUUGUGCCACCCGUGGUGACCAUACAAAGCAUGUGUUCUGUUCUAUUGAAGAAGCUUAUUCCCAGGAGAAGCGGGCUUUUGAAACCCUGUUUCAGGGCUUUGAAACUUGGCGUUGUGGGGAUGCCCUCUCGCGGCUGGAUACCUUAGAAACCAGCAAGAGGAAAGCUCUGCAGAUGCUGACCAAAGAUUCUGACAAAGUGAAGGAGUUCUUUGAGAAGCUGCAGCACACGCUGGAGCAGAAACGAAAUGAGAUUCUCUCUGACUUUGAGACCAUGAAGCUUGCAGUGAUGCAGGCCUACGAUCCAGAAAUCAAUAAACUGAACACAAUACUGCAAGAGCAACGGAUGGCUUUUAACAUCGCAGAGGCCUUCAAAGAUGUGUCUGAACCCAUUAUAUUUCUGCAACAGAUGCAGGAGUUCAGGGAAAAAAUAAAGGUGCUCAAAGAGACCCCUUUACCUUGUUCCAGUGUGGACAUCAGCCCUACAAUGAAGAGCUUUGAUACCAGCCAGUGGAACGGAAUAAAACUAGUUGAUGUGGACAAACUUUCCUUGCCUCAGGAAAACAACACUCUUAAAUUCAAGAUUCCCUCAGUCUUUUCGCGUAGAUUUAUAGUGACCUCUCUUAUUUGCUUGCUUAUUCUUGCUGUCACCAGAAUGUCCUUUGUGGAGUCAGUCGUUGACAAUCUCCAGUGCUGGAAAUCUCAGUUCUUUACAAUUAGCUUGUCCUAUUUGGCAGAUACAGUGGACAUAGCAGAUCAUGCAGUCUUUUACUGGGAACAGAUGACAGAUGGAGCUUCACUUCUAAGAGAAAAGUGUAAAAACUAUACGUUGGUUGUACUGGAUAAUGUUGCACAGUUUGUGUGCAAAUAUAAACUGUUGUGAAGUUCACGCUGAAAUACAAGAACUAAGAGAGAUCUGGUGAAGAAAAUGUAGAACUUCUUAAAAUGAC